AUGAACGGAGUUAUUGAGGCACUUCACAUUUACGAUGAUAACCGGGAGGCCGUUGUCGGCAACUCAUCUCCUGCCCCUCUACCUAGAACACCCUCUACCGCGACCGAACCUGAUCUACCUCCCCAAUACGAGCCCCCCAACGCUCGUCUUCAGUCUGACGCACGCGAACCUCUUAUUUCUUGCUACAUCGUCGACCGAAAUCGAACCCUUAACCGAAUGCCCUACGUGAAGUGGUGGAGCAAGAAGGCUGGGUUGGAAAACUACUGGGAAGCAUCAAUCUUCCAGGCUCCUCUGGGCGCCAAUUUUUCGAAUUCAAGCACACCAUCCAUACUGCCCUCGAACUCAACCGCUUUACCAUGGAGGCGAGCCAACGUACGGCACACGUCCAAUGAGAUGUACGCAGAUAUCGUCGAAACAUUGUCAGUAACGCUUGCUCCAUCAGGAAGACCUCUCGCUGCCUUUGCCAAUGGAACGAUUGCAUUCACCUCAAAGGUAUCAGGUGUUCCUGAUAUUACGCUUAAUAUUACUAGCCCAUCAGGAAAACACAACCUCGGGGGCAUCAUGGAACUACCAGUGUUCCACCCGUGCGUGCGGCUCAACCGGUGGAAAGAGAGACCAGGCGAACUCAGCUUCAUUCCCCCUGAUGGAAGAUUUAUCCUGGCAGGAUAUGAAGUUGACUUACUGCCUUUUUCAAGCGGGAAGAGCGGAAGUCUCAGCUCCAACAACCUCAAGUUACCGAUUAAUAUGGAAGUAAAAACAGGAUUAGGUGCGACAGGGUCAGAUUUCGAAGUCCGAUUACAGGUCAACAAGAUUCUUGGAGCACCUUCGCCAGCAUCAUCGGGACUGGGAAGAGGCGGCAGUGGAGGCCGAUUAGGCGGGCCUCAUCCUGGAUCACCAGGAGCACCUUUGAUGGACGACCUCACUGUGACGAUCCCCCUCCCAGCAGAUGUCAGGAACUUAUCUGAGAUCCGGCCUAGCAAGGGCGACGCCAGCUUUAAUCCAGGAGAGAAAGUCUUGGAAUGGUACAUUCCCGCAAAGGAGCUCUCAUGCGGAACAAGCUACUUUGGACUCAGAGGUACUGUGGUGGGGCCGCUGACAGAGGAGGGUGAUGGGGGAUUCGAUCCUAACGGAUUUGGAUUUGGAACCGACUACACAUUUGACGGGCCAUAUCAGAGCGUACCUGUUGCCAAGGCGGCGCAGAACUCGGGGAGCACAGGCGACGACAAGGACGCCAAGAAGAUCGCGCAGAACAAAAUCCUGAUGCCCACAUCGGCCUCAGUAAGCUUUUCGGUCAAGGGAUGGUUGGCAAGUGGUCUGAAGGUCGAGAGUAUUCAACUCGACACACGCAAGAGUAAGGGCCUAGGAGAUAGUGUCAAGCCAUACAAGGGUGUCAAAUACUUGACAAUCAGCAAGGGAGGUGUGGAAAUACGAUGUUAA